AAAGCCAUAGAAUACCAUGAACGACACCUCAAAAUUUCGGAAGAAGUGGGAGACAGGGCAGGAGAAGGAAUAGCGUACUCUAAUCUUGGCAUUGCCUAUCACAGUCUUGGAGAUUUCCACAAGGCCAUUGAGUUUCAUGAACAAUGCCUCAAAAUUUUCAGGGAAGUGGGAGACAGGGCAGGAGAAGGAAAAGCGUACGGUAAUCUUGGCAGCGCCUAUGACAGUCUUGCAGAUUUCCAGAAAGCCAUAGAGUACCAUGAACGACACCUCAAAAUUUCGAAAGAAGUGGGAGACAGGGCAGGAGAAGGAAGAGCGUACGGUAAUCUUGGCAACGCCUAUCACAGUCUUGGAGAUUUCCAGAAAGCGAUAGGGUACCAUGAACGAGACCUCAAAAUUUCCAAGGAAGUGGCAGACAGGGCAGGAGAAGGAGGCGCGUACGGUAGUCUUGGCAUCGCUUAUGACAGUCUUGGAGAUUUUCAAAAAGCCAUAGAGUACCAUGAACGACACCUCAAAAUUUCGAAAGAAGUGGGAGACAGGGCAGGAGAAGAAAUAGCGUACGGUAAUCUUGGCAACGCCUAUCACAGUCUUGGAGAUUUCCAGAAAGCGAUAGGGUACCAUGAACGAGACCUCAAAAUUUCCAAGGAAGUGGCAGACAGGGCAGGAGAAGGAGGCGCGUACGGUAGUCUUGGCAUCGCUUAUGACAGUCUUGGAGAUUUUCAAAAAGCCAUAGAGUACCAUGAACGACACCUCAAAAUUUCGAAAGAAGUGGGAGACAGGGCAGGAGAAGAAAUAGCGUACUCUAAUCUUGGCAUUGCCUACAGAAAUUUUGGCGAUUUUCAGAAAGCCAUAGAGUACCAUGAACGAGACCUCAAAAUUUCGAAAGAAGUGGGAGACAGGGCAGGAGAAGGAAAAGCGUACUGUAAUCUUGGCAACACCUAUCACAGUCUUGGAGAUUUCCACAAAGCCAUUGAGUUUCAUGAACAAUGCCUAAAAAUUUCCAAGGAAGCGGGAGACAGGGCAGGAGAAGGAAGAGCGUACGGUAAUCUUGGCAACGCCUAUUACAGGCUUGGAGAUUUCCAGAAAGCCAUAGAGUACCAUGAACGACACCUCAAAAUUUCGAAAGAAGUAGGAGACAGGGCAGGAGAAGGAAAAGCGUACGGUAACCUUGGCAACGCCUAUUACAGUCUUGGAGAUUUCCAGAAAGCGAUAGAGUACCAUGAACGAGACCUCAACAUUUCCAAGGAAGUGGGAGACAGGGCAGGAGAAGGAAAAGCGUACUGUAAUCUUGGCAACGCCUAUCACAGUCUUGGAGAUUUUCAAAAAGUCAUAGAGUACCAUGAACGACACCUCAAAAUUUUGAAAGAAGUGGGAGACAGGGCAGGAGAAGGAAUAGCGUACUCUAAUCUUGGCAUUGCCUAUCGCAGUGUUGGAGAUUUCGAGAAAGCCAGAGAGUACCAUGAACGACACCUCAUAAAUUCGAAAGAGGUGGGAGAUAGGGCAGGAGAAGGAAAAGCGUACGGUAAUCUUGGCAACGCCUAUGACAGUCUUGGAGAUUUCCAGAAAGCCAUAGAGUACCAUGAACGACAGCUCAAAAUUUCGAAAGAAGUGGGAGACAGGGCAGGAGAAGGAAAAGCGUACUGUAAUCUUGGCAACGCCUAUGACAGUCUUGGAGAUUUCCAGAAAGGCAUAGAGUACCAUGAACGACACCUCAAAAUUUCGAAAGAAGUGGGAGACAGGGCAGGAGAAGGAAUAGCGUACUCUAAUCUUGGCAUUGCCUAUGACCGUCUUGGAGAUUUCCGGAAAGCUGUUCGGUAUUAUAAGAACAGUGUUAUGGCCUUCGACCACAUUAGAAAACUAAUAUCUAUGGACGAGUGGAAGAUUGCCUUUAAAAUUAAGUAUGAUCGUAUCAAUGUGAGGCUAUGGGAGCUGCAGUUUAAGGAAGGUAAAGUCAUCGAGGCACUUUUAACUGCUGAUCAAGGACGUGCAGGAGCUUUAAAUGAUCUUCUGGAGUUCAAGUAUGGCCUUAAAGGGUUACGCCAAGAAAUAGGAACACUUUCUGCAAGACCAAGUGACUUUGCUGGUUACUUACCACCAAAUACAGCUUUCAUGGGUAUCAGCGAGGGAGGAAUAGUUCUCUGGGUGAACAAGAAAGGAAAAGAAAUCAAAACUAGAAGAACUGUGAUCGAUAUCUCAACCUAUCUCAAUAUCACAAACUAUUUUCAGUGUCUUUUGGAAACUACACAUGAAGAAAUAGGUUUGAAAGCUGAUGUUAAUUGUGAAGAUCGUUCUAGCAAUCAUGGCUAUUUUAUCGUCGGUCACAUCCUUAUUAAAUAGCCAAACUUCGAAUAAACACUUCGAACUUACAAGGGACAUAUUCAAAAACAAUAUAUUAUCUGCCACCGAUUCCUAACGACCUCACUCAGUUACCAGAGGAAAAUCAAGUUGAGGGAAAACUAUCUUUUGUAAUACUACCACUGAAAUUUGUCACCAGUCCGGUUGUCAGGAAAGUCUCAGGGCAGGGUAGGGAAUAUGACAGCACAUCUGCGACAAUAAAAAUUUCACUUUACUUCAAAUCACACACAAAAUGCGAGUCUUGUUAAAGGUCACACAAGAGGCAUAUCCGGCAACGUAAGUAGAAAAACAGGAAGUCUAAGACCAACUUUCUCAUUAAGAUUCCAUCAGUCUACAUGAACAGAAUUUGUCAGGAGCACCCAACGACGGUUUUCUCCUAAAUGCAUUGAAAACACUUUUUAGGCCAUCCGCAGUACUUUUAGAUCUGUAGAAAUACAUUCUUAUCGGCGCUAGUUGAUAUUUGUUCAGUCAUCCUAGGGCAACUUGAAUCUUUUCGGAAUUACCAGGGCUUCAGUAUUAUAUUUUCCCGAAAAUGUUUAGAGGCAAUUUUAAGUUUUACGAAGGUGAGAAUUUUUCUGAUUCCUCUUUCCAUCGCAUUUUCGAAUCCACUCCUAUUACAGUGGAGCCAGCGCGCGCUACUGGCUACCAAGCAAUACUUUAAGGCAACAUAAAGCUUUAAAGCGUAACGCUAGACCCCAUCCCCGUUCUCUUCACACAUCUUCUUCGGUUUUGAUCAAACAGAACCAUCAAUCAGUUCCCACCCCGGGGGUAGAAAAACCCCGAGCUGUUUACUUAGUGAUGAACACGGAAAGUGAAAAUUUGUCUGACUGCGUAGCAAGCGUGAACAGGGGUUAGGGAUUGGAAGGAGGGAGGGAGGGGUGGGGAAUUUCAUACCAGGGGAUUAGUAGACGAUUGAAACAAACUACCUCAAUCUCACUUAAUGCGGAAAUCGUAAUACAUUGAUAAAAUUAAAGCGGACAUAGAAAAUUGGAAGAACCUGGAAGGAAGACUAUCUUUCGUGCGGAAUUACGACUGAAAUUUGUCACCAGUCCGGUUGUCAAUCAAGUUCCAGGGGUAGGCCCUAUGACAGCACAACUGCGACAAUUGAAAUUCCAGUCUUAUUUUUUUCACCUCAAAUCAAACACAAAGUGUAUUUGAGCCUCGUUAGAAGAUUAGAAGGUCACUCAUCACAAAGCAUAUCCAGCAGUAUUCGGAGAAAAAACAGGAAGUUUCAGACCAACUGUUCGGAAGUCAGCCAAACGCGGUCAUUGCACGCGUGCUGAACAAGAAUGUUGUAUCAUGACAGACUAAACUCCCAAAGCACAAAGUUAGCCAAAACGCUAAAAAUCUUCAAUGUUUACUCAAGUUUGGGCUUAUAGAACAUAAUGUCACAGUUUUUCAAUGAUCACGAAAUUCAGAAUUCGGGUAGUCAGUUAAUCGUUAAUCAAUUGUGGCCCUGAAAAGAUUUGAAGGAAAAAAAACUACGAAUUUUUAAGAAAAUGCUUUUUUCGUGAGAAGGACUCUUAAACGCUGACAAAAGUCAACAACUAGCUAAAACUAUAAUUUGUAUAUGUUUGCAUUGCUCGAAAUCGCGCGCAUUUACAAGGCCCUAAAGUUUUUUGCUGACUUGCACGGACCCAUCUGUUAUAAAGAUCCCCAAAAUAAAGGGAUAAAUCUCAUAGUUUAUUAGAUAUUAUCGAGUAAAGUUGGCUCUUCAUUUUCGCAUAAAUUAUGACCUAAAUUUGGAAACCGCUGAAUUUCUCGCAUUGGGUCUUUGCGAUUUUGGUGAAAGUCUGUUCAACGCAAGGCACUAAUACGCACUAUAUGUAGCCGAGAGAUUUUCACGAAAAAAUACCGGCAACGGCAGAAUUUCGACUCAGACCCCAAAUAGGUGUGGCACUAUAACCACGUGACAUUUACUCUGAUGGCCAAAAAUUUUGCUAUGUUGUAGAUUGAUCUAUAUGUUAUCCAUGCUAUAUGUUAGACUCACGAUCAAAGUAAAGGUGGGAUACCACAGAGCUUCAAAGUAGGAUGGUACCCUCACAAAAUAACUGGGUCGAGUCACCUUAAGUUUCCUUUUUCCCGCCGAAACUGACGUUCUUGUUCCAGUCUUUUCCCAGUCAACAGACGUCGUCGUCGUGAAAUUCGUCGUGGUUCUUAACUUCCCUAUUACCGGUUCUUCGUCGCUAGAGUUGCUAUUGUCGUACCUCCGAAAGAAAUUAUAAGAAAUUGUUGACCCUUUCGUCGGGACAAAUCAAGCGAACUAUCAAAACUACUUGGGAAUUUCUAACUAAGGUAGGCAUUGCAUUAGCUGAAGCUACACUAUAACUCCAAGGUUUACCGUAAAAAUGCAAACGGAGCUCUACGCGCACGAGCGUAGCCCCGUACCUAAUAUAAAAAAAAUCUGGUAAUCUUCUUACCCCAGCUGUUAGCCGAGAAAUUUUGGUAAUCACGUAACCGUACGCUCGCCUUUCCCACAGACAUACCAAUGUGAAAUAACUGAAUCAACAGGUAAUAUAUAGAUUUACCCAGGGCUAAAAGAGAAGCUUUGGUUAAUAAUACUUAUAAAUAAAAAAAAUUAAAUCGUGUCAGUAAUGUUCAACGGGGAAGGCAAUGAAAAUGGCAUCAAGAUCAAUAGAUCUAACAAGCAUCGCCAAAACGUGAUUUUUACUGUGCUGCCAAUUUAAUUUUCCAGGGGGAGUGGGUGGCUGCACACUUAGGUCACCAGGCAUGUCGCUGAACAUUGCGUGACGUAGCAUCUCAUGUGAGAGUUAAACAGUUACUCAUUUGAACAUUGUACCCUUUUGGAAGACUUUCGUAACAAGAAAAAUGAGUACCAUUUUUACGUCGGGGCUGUAUAGUACCUUUUCAAAUACCACCAUUAUGAAUAAAAAUAAGGAAGUGAGCCAUUCUAACCGGGAGACAAUAAGCGUCAUUUUCACGCACCCCUCCCUCAAUCUCUCUGCUCUCCAAAAUAUUGCUGGUUUUCAGUGUCACGCCAUUCAAAAUAGAUCAAAAUAAAAAUCAAAACCGUUCAAUAGAUAAAGUCCAGAAUCUGCGAAAUGAAAGGAGGUACAUAUACAAAGACCCUCGCCAAGAUUCAGGUCAGAGGAAUAUUUCGCAUACGAGAUAUCCGAAGAAAUGUUUUACCCGGCAAACUUAUAGAGAUUUGUAUGGAGACGCCAUGCUGGUACUCACCUGGAUGAGCUCCAACAUGGCGGACGGAAACCAACAGAAACAUCUGUUACCGAGUUUUGCUACAAAAGCGUGAAUCUAUUCUUCGAGAAACUCAUAAACAUUAAAGUAAUAUUUUUCUAAUACAUGAACUGUUUAGAUAGCAAAAUUUCCUGAAAUAAGUCAUUUAUUUAUUAUAACCUACAUGACAGCUCUCUUGGCCGCGUCAUGUAAAUGCCGCGCCACGCAAAAGCUUACUGAAAUUCAAGCGUACUCUAUCACAAAACCAAGAACCCUUUUGAAGCGAAAAUUUGUAUGAAAAUCAGUUUUCAGCUGCUGUAAUGCAUCGUGAAAGUAAAAUCUUGGUAGGAUCAAGAGUUUUUUAGUUUGAAUUUUAGUGACGUCAUGUGAAAAGCAACAAUAGUGUGACUAAUUUGACCUAACCAGAAAUUCCAAAAACUAUUGUCGUUACGGGUCAAAACGGCUGUUAAUAACAAGCAGUAAAUUUCUCAAUUCUGGUUCUUAAGACUAACAAAGCAAAUUAAAUUUAAGUUUUGGUUUUGUCUGAUAUUGCGUUAUAAAGCCUCUCUAGCUGUCCUAGUGAAUAUAUAUAAUAUUUUUUUGACGCAGUGAUAAACAAUGAGCACAUUCCCCAAGACAUUCCUUUCCUGUAAGGAAUGCGGACUAUUCAUACGCAAAGCAAGAAUCACAAUAACAUAAAAAGAGACAUUGGCCGUCACAUCUACUUUAUGGAAGAUAAUUUAUUGUAUGCAAUUUCUAAGUUACGUCAUGUGUUGUUCAAUGUUCUUCGUACAUGUCGUAUAUUCUAAGUAGCAUAGUGCACACAGCGAGCAUAGAUCAGAGAAUGCGUCAAGUGGUCGCUUUCAAGAGCUUAAAAAUAAUGGAAAAUCAUUAAACUUUCAGGCCCAAAAAGUGGUCGCGAUCGCUUACAAGAGGUGGUCGUUUACUAGAGGUUCCAACUGUAAGGCUUUGACUGGGAAAGUUUUGGUGCAUGAGUUUUGGAUUGGCGAUCUCUUAUGGGAGGUGGUCCCACAUGGAGGUUCGACUGUACCAUCAACUGACGUAAUACAACUCACUUUGACUCUGCAGAUGAUUACCGCGCGUCAGUCAAUGUCAAUGCAACAGUCCUAUUUAGUACUACGUCAGCCCUCGGACGAUCAUGCUCAUCCUACUUAUAGAUCUACUUAAGAAAAUAGGAGGGAAAAAAGGAAAACUCCUCAGGUUUUUACACCGAGUUGACCUUGAGCUGGAACCAGCUGUGGCUCUAUUACAGUUUUUUGAAAACCCACAAGCUUAAAAUACCUGUAACUUUCUCAGUGUUUUGGUGGUCUUUUCAGUUGCUAAACACUUGUAUUCCGCUACCCAGAGAUGUUAACCCUUAGAAAUAAGUUCACUCUCCCAAAUUUGAGUUUUCUGAACUGAUGUUUCCGCUGGCCCGGUUUGUAGUUUGUUGACAACAGAUUGAUUUUUUCAGUGGAAGGUAGAUGAAUGUACAAUGAGUAGGCAGACAAUUUUUAUUAUGUAAACACCAAUAAAAAACCAAAUGGGCUUUCGCGCAAAAACUUGAUAUCUUCACAUGUGAAAAUAACAUGUUAUCUUCACAUGUGAAAAUGUCAUCGUUGCUAUAGCUUCAUAAUAAACCGCACAUUUGAGACCAAAAAACUAUUUAUAAGUAAAAUGGUUGGUAUUUCAUUGGUGUUUAUAUAAUAAAUAGAACAUUACAUGGUCGCUUGGAGAUACGAAAUUUCUCUUCUCUUUUAACACUCGAAGAGAAUUUUCCCAUCUCCGCGCGGCCAUAUAAUAUCCUCAAUAUAUACACCAUGUUUAAACAAUGGUAAAUCUGUUUCUUUGUUGUUGUUUUUGUUUUUUUUAAUUUCGAUCAUUAUCACCAAACGAAUGUUAAUAUUUUCGUUUUUUAGAGACGACCCCAGUCCAUCAAAUCAUAUUAUACAACGAUGAAAAACUCGUAGAAGGAUCCCUUUUUGAGGCAAAUCGAAUGCGACUGUGAUCGACAAAAACGAAUAGUAAAGGAGCUAAUAAAUAAGCUUUUACUCCAGCUUUUAAUUUUACUUUUCAGACCCUCCUCGUUAUCGUAGAUAAAGAGACUGAUAGUAUCAGUAGAAAAAAGAAACCACGAUAUGUGGCUGAGCUGAAAGAGCAAAGCCAGCAAAAAAAAUAUGACAACCACAGCUAUUAAUGGUAAUAUUGGCGACCCCUUUGUCAACUUAAAAGAUUUCCAGCACGCCCUAGGCAUCGCCUAUUACAGUCUGGGAGAAUUCCGGAAAGCCAUAGAAUACCAUGAACGACACCUCAAAAUUUCGGAAGAAGUGGGAGACAGGGCAGGAGAAGGAAUAGCGUACUCUAAUCUUGGCAUUGCCUAUCACAGUCUUGGAGAUUUCCACAAGGCCAUUGAGUUUCAUGAACAAUGCCUCAAAAUUUUCAGGGAAGUGGGAGACAGGGCAGGAGAAGGAAAAGCGUACGGUAAUCUUGGCAGCGCCUAUGACAGUCUUGCAGAUUUCCAGAAAGCCAUAGAGUACCAUGAACGACACCUCAAAAUUUCGAAAGAAGUGGGAGACAGGGCAGGAGAAGGAAGAGCGUACGGUAAUCUUGGCAACGCCUAUCACAGUCUUGGAGAUUUCCAGAAAGCGAUAGAGUACCAUGAACGAGACCUCAACAUUUCCAAGGAAGUGGGAGACAGGGCAGGAGAAGGAAAAGCGUACUGUAAUCUUGGCAACGCCUAUCACAGUCUUGGAGAUUUUCAAAAAGUCAUAGAGUACCAUGAACGACACCUCAAAAUUUUGAAAGAAGUGGGAGACAGGGCAGGAGAAGGAAUAGCGUACUCUAAUCUUGGCAUUGCCUAUCGCAGUGUUGGAGAUUUCGAGAAAGCCAGAGAGUACCAUGAACGACACCUCAUAAAUUCGAAAGAGGUGGGAGAUAGGGCAGGAGAAGGAAAAGCGUACGGUAAUCUUGGCAACGCCUAUGACAGUCUUGGAGAUUUCCAGAAAGCCAUAGAGUACCAUGAACGACAGCUCAAAAUUUCGAAAGAAGUGGGAGACAGGGCAGGAGAAGGAAAAGCGUACUGUAAUCUUGGCAACGCCUAUGACAGUCUUGGAGAUUUCCAGAAAGGCAUAGAGUACCAUGAACGACACCUCAAAAUUUCGAAAGAAGUGGGAGACAGGGCAGGAGAAGGAAUAGCGUACUCUAAUCUUGGCAUUGCCUAUGACCGUCUUGGAGAUUUCCGGAAAGCUGUUCGGUAUUAUAAGAACAGUGUUAUGGCCUUCGACCACAUUAGAAAACUAAUAUCUAUGGACGAGUGGAAGAUUGCCUUUAAAAUUAAGUAUGAUCGUAUCAAUGUGAGGCUAUGGGAGCUGCAGUUUAAGGAAGGUAAAGUCAUCGAGGCACUUUUAACUGCUGAUCAAGGACGUGCAGGAGCUUUAAAUGAUCUUCUGGAGUUCAAGUAUGGCCUUAAAGGGUUACGCCAAGAAAUAGGAACACUUUCUGCAAGACCAAGUGACUUUGCUGGUUACUUACCACCAAAUACAGCUUUCAUGGGUAUCAGCGAGGGAGGAAUAGUUCUCUGGGUGAACAAGAAAGGAAAAGAAAUCAAAACUAGAAGAACUGUGAUCGAUAUCUCAACCUAUCUCAAUAUCACAAACUAUUUUCAGUGUCUUUUGGAAACUACACAUGAAGAAAUAGGUUUGAAAGCUGAUGUUAAUUGUGAAGAUCGUUCAUUGAGGAACCCAAGAGAUAACAGUUAGCAGAAGAAAGAUCCAGUGAGCCAAGGUCUAAUUCCUCAUCUUUUGGGGAGACAAAGUCAUUACAAACAUUGUACAAUGUUGUUAUAGGCCCCAUAAGAGACUUAGUCGACGGCGAUGAAAUUGUGAUUGUUCCAGAAGGACCUCUGUGUUUGGCGCCUUAUGCUGCUUUUAUGGACAUGAAAUCAAAGUACCUCUGCGAAACUUUCAGAAUUCGUCUGCUCCCCUCGCUUUCUAGUCUUCGAUUAAUCCAAGACUGUCCAGCAGAUUGGCACAGCAAGACUGGCGCUCUUCUCGUCGGCGAUCCGUGGGUACAGGAGGUAACGACGCUAAAGUAGUUAGCGUGGGCCGAAAAAGAAGUGCAGAUGAUUGGGGAAAUUCUUCACACUGUACCUCUCGUUGGAAAGCAGGCAACAAAAGAUGAAGUUUUGAGACGUAUUUCCUCUGUUGCUUUGGUGCAUAUUGCUGCUCACGGUGAAAUGGAAACAGGAGAAAUUGCGUUGGCCCCAAACACAACGCGUUCAUCCGUGGAUCCAGCCGAGGACUAUAUCUUAACUAUGAAAGAUGUUUUAAAGGCGCAGAUUAGGGCAAGACUUGUUGUACUUAGUUGUUGUCAUAGUGCUCGGGGAGAAGUCAAAUCUGAGGGUGUGGUCGGCAUCGCACGGGCUUUUUUGGGUGCUGGUGCUCGUUCUGUUCUGGUGUCCCUGUGGGCGAUUGAGGACGAGGCUACGAUGGAGUUCAUGGAAUUUUUCUACCUACAACUAGUCAAUGGAAGAAGUGCCAGUGAGGCUCUGAAUGAGGCCAUGAAAUCCAUGAGAGAAUCUGACCGCUUUAGUGCAGUGAGGUACUGGGCACCGUUUGUUCUCAUUGGUGAUGACGUAACGCUCGAGUUUGAGGGCAUCAAAUAA